CACAAGAGAUAUCAACUCAGAAACAUGACGGAAGUAGCUCCGGCGGCUAUUAGAUCCUCGGCAAAACUCCCGAUGAAGAAGUCCGCUUCGCGGACCAGGAAGGAUGGACCCAGCAUCUCCAAACUCAUCGUGGACGCCGUGGCUGACUCCAAGGAACGUAAAGGGGUUUCUCUGGCGGCGCUCAAGAAACUCCUAGCCAAGAAUGGCGUUGACGUGAGGAAGUCCAACAAGCGCAUCAACAGCGCUAUUACCAAGCUGGUGACAGGUGGAAGCCUGAGCCGGACUAGAGGGACCGGAGCAUCCGGGUCCUUCAAGAUAGCUAAAGCUAACACUAAAAAGAAUAAGCCCAAACCCGCAAAACCAGUGAAGAAGGCAACUCCGAAGAAGAAGAAGGCUCCCGCCAAGGCCAAGAGACCAGCAGCCAAGAAAUCACCGAAAAAGUCACCGGCGAAGAAACCAGCCAGGAAGUCUCCGAAGAAGGGACCGGCAAAGAAAGCAGCCAAAAGGGUAAAAAGAAGCCCUAAAAAGAGCACCAAAAAAAGCCCCAAAAAGAGUCCCAAAAAGGCCACAGCUAGGAGGCCGAAGCCGGCUAAGAGACCAGCAGCCAAGAAAAGCCCGGCAAAAAGGCGCCCAGCUAAGAAGGCUAAGAGGAGCUACUGGUAAACACCUGCUUCACCCACUGCGCAAAGCACCAAAGGCU